UUCAUUGUGGCUGAUGUGAAGGUCUACAGUUACUUUCAAAGUUUAGAGAACGUUUGGGGGAAUUAUAGCUAAAAGUGUUUUUGAGACGUUUUAAAGUCAGAGUCUACAUUUAAGUGGGAGUUUAUUCGAAGCUUUUGUCAGAGGAGGCACAUGGUGAUGUAUAUUCUUCAUCUCAAGGUCAACGGGUCGUCAAUAGCUGCGCUCACACACUCUGACUGUGACCAGGCCAUGAAGGAAUGUGAAUUCUCUGAGAAAGAAAAUGAGUUUCGGGGCGAGCUGGUGAACCAGCGGUGGACACGAGGCGAGAGGACCAGCAGCCGCUGUCAGGCCUCCCAGAGACUGCAGAGCCGUCGACCAAUCAUGAUGAGUGUAGAGGGUGAUGACAAGCGAACUCGCACUCGGUCCAAGGGAAUCAGAGUUCCUAUUGAACUCGUAGGACAAGAGCUGAGCUGCCCCACCCCUGGAUGCAAUGGCUCUGGCCAUAUCAGUGGGAGAUAUUCACGACACAGAAGCGUUCUGGGUUGCCCUAUAGCCAGAAAGCGCCGUCUAGAGGAAGCAGAGGCAGAGCAGGAGCAAGAGCAGGAAACAGAGCGGCCGGCCUCCAAGAGGAAGUCCCACCCUCUGAAACUGGCCCUGGAUGAGGGCUUCAGUGCAGAAAGCGACGCAAGCAGCGAGGCUGAGGGCGAGAGAGAGAAAGAUGGAGAGAAAGCAGGAAAGACAAAGGAGGUGGAGGAGGAAGAGGAGAGGGAGACAGCAGUAGAGCAGGAGAGAGAGGAGAUGACAAAAGACCUGACGCAGAACGCACAGACAAAUGGACGGGAGGAGGAAGAGGAGAGGGAAGAAGAAGAGACAUAUCAGAAGGGGGAGAACACAUUUGCAGCUGAUGAAGAGGAGGAGUGCGUGAUCAUCGAGCCUGAGCUCGGAGCAGCGCCACCUGCAGCUGAGGAGUGUCAGUCUCCCUCUCAGAGCACUGAAGAGGUGGCCAACUCGCUCCUCCACCUCGGCCGACUUUCCAACAACAAUGCUCCGACUGUGGCCAUUCAGCAGCCUGUUGCUAUGGAGACUGAGGAGGAUGUCACCGUGGCAGUGAAACAGGGUGAAGUAGUAAAGGACGAGCAGGAGGGGGACAUGAAUGAGGGGGAAGAGGAGGAGAUGGCACACAGAGUUCAAGUGUUGGCAGAGUCAUCUGAUCUGCGGAGAAAAGCUGCUGAAGUGGAGCAAGAGGAGUUGGAUGAGGAGGUGGAGGAUGAGCAAGAAGAGUGCCCAGAAAGGAGCAACCACAUGAGCCAGGAGAACCUGCAAUAUGUGACUGAAGAUGUCCACCAGAUGAAAGAUGAGGAGGAGGAAGAAGAGGAGGAGGAGGAGGAGGAGGAGGAGGAGGAGGAGGAGGAGGAGAUGGCAAUGGCAGCACAGCAGAGGCAGUGUACUCCAGCAGAAGAAGAUGAAGAUGAGGAGAAAGAUGAAGAGGACCACAGGGAGGUGCACCACAUCCUGCCCGUUUCUGAUGUGCCAACUGCCAUCCGUACCAUCACCAGCACUGCAGCAGCUCAGGGAACACACAUCAAGGCUGAAGACCACAGAGCCAGUCCUCUGGAGGACUACAACUCACACAGGGCGAGUCCCCUUGAAAACUACAACACCAACAGAGCCAGUCCACUUGAUAAAUAUGACUCUCAUAAUCCUAGUCCGCUUCAAAACUACAAGGCCAGUCCUCCUUUAAGCUACAGCUCGCACAGGGCUAGUCCACUUGAGGACUACUUUCCCAACAUCAGAGGUGAGAACUAUAAAAUCCACAAAGCCUCGUCCUCCGCCUCUCCCGACAUUAUCGAGGUGACAUCAGAUAAGUCAGAGGAGAAAGACUUUGAUGACAUGGAUGGGGACGACGAGCGCGAUGAUGAAGACAGCCUGUCACAGCGCUCCACAGUGACAGACGAGUCGGAGAUGUUUGACAUAACCCGAGGGAACCUGGGCCUGCUGGAGCAAGCUAUCGCCCUGAAGGCAGAGCAGGUGAAGCCGGCCGGGCCCAGAGAGCUGCUUGGCGCCCCAGAUAUCCACCACCAGAGAUACUUCACCAUUGAUGACAGGCCCAAGCACCUGGACAUCAUCCGCAAGAGCUACUUCAGCAAAGAGAGUAGUAGGCCAGAGAAGAGGGAGAUCAAGUGUCCCACCCCCGGGUGUGAUGGGACGGGUCACGUGACCGGUCUUUACCCCCACCACCGUAGCCUGUCAGGCUGUCCGCACAAGGACAGGAUCCCCCCGGAGAUUCUGGCCAUGCAUGAGAAUGUGCUGAAGUGUCCAACUCCUGGCUGCACCGGUCAGGGCCAUGUCAACAGCAACCGUAACACACACCGCAGUCUUUCUGGAUGCCCCAUUGCUGCUGCGGAAAAGCUGUCCAAGGGCCACGAUAAGCAGCUGCUCUCUCAGCCUGGCAGCGAGCACCUCAAAGGAAGUCCAAACGACAGAGUGUUAAGGCCCAUGUGCUUUGUGAAGCAGUUGGAGGUGCCCCAGUAUGGCAGCUACAGACCCAACAUGGCACCCGCCACGCCUCGCGCAAACCUGGCCAAGGAGCUGGAGAAGUACUCGAAGGUGUCCUUCGAUUAUGCAAGCUUCGACGCUCAAGUGUUCGGGAGGCGCAUGCUUGCUCCAAAGAUGCCCACCAGCGAAAUCUCACCCAAAGCCUUCAAAACUAAGCCCUCAUUCCCCAAGUCAUCGUCGCCCAGCCUCAGUCUCCAUGCUUAUGGAAAGAGCUCCUCUUUGGCCUAUGACUACUCCCAUGAUGCAGAGGCUGCUCACAUGGCUGCCACGGCCAUCUUGAACCUGUCUACGCGCUGCUGGGAGAAACCCGAGAACCUCAGCACCAAACCCCAAAACAAGGAGAUGGACAUUGAGGUGGAUGAGAACGGCACUCUGGACCUGAGUAUGAAGAAGCCCAUUAAACGAGAGGGCAGUCUGUCCGGUACCAGCCCCGGGGUUCGGUCCCCAGACCCUUCUUCCUCCUCCUCUUCCUCGCUCCAUCACGGUGGAAGCAGUGGGAUGACAUCACCAAACUUACACGCCUACAAGCAGGAGGAGUGGGAGGGACCUCUGGAUUACACCAAACCCAACCGCCAAAGGGAGGAGGAAAUGGACGAGAUGGAGCACACAGGCCAGUCAUUCGUCUCAUCCGAACCAGAGGACUGUGACAUGAUGCAGGACUCUCUGGAGGAGAGGAAGUACCCAGGAGAGGUUACGACCCCAAGUUUCAAGGUCAAAUUCCAACCCAAGGAUAGCAAGAAAGAUCUGCUCUCGUGCCCCACACCUGGUUGUGAUGGCAGUGGUCACAUCACUGGAAACUAUGCGUCCCAUCGCAGAUGCCCCACUCCAGGAUGUGACGGCUCAGGUCACAUCACAGGAAACUACGCCUCUCACAGAAGUAUCUCUGGGUGCCCGCGUGCCAAGAAAAGUGGAAUUAAAACUCCUACCAAGGACAACCAGGAGGACUCCGAGCUUUUAAAGUGCCCGGUGCCAGGCUGCGACAGCCUGGGUCACAUCAGUGGGAAGUAUGCCACACACCGUAGCGCCUACGGGUGUCCGCUGGCGGCCCGCAGACAAAAGGAGGGCCUCCUGAAUGGCACACCCUUCAACUGGAAAGCCUUCAAGACAGAGGGGCCAACUUGUCCCACUCCAGGUUGUGACGGCUCUGGACAUGCUAACGGAAGCUUCCUCACACACCGCAGCCUCUCAGGAUGCCCCAGAGCCUUAUUCGCCAAGAAGAAGGCCAAGUUCCCCACAGAGGACUACCUGAGCACCAAGUUCCGAGCCAGUGAUGUUUUGGACAACGAUGAGGACAUCAAGCAGCUCAACAAAGAGAUUAACGAUCUCAAUGAAUCCAACAAUGAAAUGGAGGCUGACAUGGUCAACCUGCAGACUCAGAUCUCCUCCAUGGAGAAGAACCUGAAGAGCAUUGAACAUGAGAACAAGGUGAUCGAGGAGCAGAACGAGGCCCUGUUCAUGGAGCUGUCUGGCCUCAGCCGCGCCCUAAUCCGCAGCCUUGCUAAUAUACGCCUGCCACAUAUGCAGGAGCCAAUCACCGAGCAGAACUUUGACAGCUAUGUGAGCACCCUGACCGACAUGUACACCAACAAGGACUGCUUCCAGAGCCCCGAGAACAAGGCUCUGCUGGAGAGCAUCAACAAAGCAGUGAAGGGCAUCAAAGUCUGAGGCUCGACACACAUACACACACACUCACACGCACACACACACACGGAGAGAGCGCAAACUGUCCUAAAGCGCAGGAGCGUGACGGAGGUGGAGAUGAAAGAGAGAUGUUGGAAUAUUCUACAAUAUAUUGAAAUAUGAUUCAAAAACAAAAAGGGAAUUCAGGUUAUUUAAAUAAACGGCAACUUAAAAAAGUCAACCCAGGGAGCACUCUGUUUGAAGAAAAGUGACGCGGACCAAAAUCCACACCAUGCUGCUGCUGGGAUUAGGAGGAGGAAACAGAUCCUUCAGUCAGACUGGAUGGAAACGAAGCAUAAUGUUACCAGAGACUGUAUCUGGGGGUUUUAAUACACUGUAUGUUUGCCUGUUGUCUCUUUUGUGUCCUGAACUGUUUUUGGAGAGGGUUGUUCAUUUUUUGCGCUUCACACCAACUGAAACAUGGAGGAACGUGUACACAGGACUGCUCACAGGAACUUGGUGACAGGAAGACGAGGAGCUGAUGACUCUCAGUACUGUCCUGUAGCAUACACUGCGUGCAAGUGUGUGCUUUCACCGGCUCCACAAGCUCUCUGAUUCAUGACCGCACACACCCCGGCAAUAUGAAGCAUGCACUAAACUGAGUAUGUGUUUGCUUUGUGGUAUUACUGUGGUAAACAUGUCAACAGCGCAACGUUGACUCAGUUUAGCGGGAAAAAACAUUCUUCAAGCAAGGUCAUGAGACAGAUCCAGGGCUGUUUAUUUUUCAUGGAACAGCUGAUAUCAUGAUUUAAAAAGCAGCAGAUAAAUCCUUCUCCCCCCUUUUCUUAAAGCUGAAAUGAUAAUAGUAAUAGUGUGCACACAUUUCACAUUCAGUUAGUCAUAUCAAUAGUAUUUAUCAACAUAGGAUUUGCACUUCAUUUCAAUGAAUAGUUUUUGUGGUACAAUAAUUAUUGUUAUAUAUGAAUUAUUUAAAGUUGUGAACUUUUAAAUUGUAACUUAUUGCCAUUUAUGUUAUUGAGGUUUAUUUAUUUGAAGCA